GCUGUGGAAUCGGCGGGGCGGCAGACGCGUCGUCGUGAUGUGACCUAAAACUGUUUUUCCAAAAAUACACAGACGCGCUUAUUGCCGCGUCCGCGACGCAUGUGCGCUUACAAACACAAAGUAAUCUCUUCUAGUCACCGCAAAAUGAUACAAAUCAUACCAAUAUUUAUACUAGCAUGUGCCAAUAUGGGUGCAGUAGAUGCUGUGUCAACUACCAGUUUUCCAAUAGGCGGCCUUUUCAAUUCUGAAACGAAGAAAGAUUCGAUGAUGGCCUUUCAAAAUAUAGUGACGAAAUGCAACUCGUAUCACGGAGAACCUUUGUUUUCUAAAGUUAUGGACGCGUAUUCUACUGCUUUAGAUGUCUGCAGGUACGCAUCGGGUCGAGCGGCCAUCACUGCGCUACUAGACGCGCGGCCUACGUACGGAGUGUGCGACGCCACCUGCCUUCUGGCCAAUAAACUAAACAUAACCCACCUAUCAGUGGGCUGGGAGCCUCCGAGCAGCCUGGCGGAGAACCCGUUCACGUUCCAGUACCACCCGUCUCCAGAACUCAUCUCCAAGGCCUUCGCAGCCCUGAUACGAGACGUGCUCGAGUGGGACAAGUUCACUAUACUGUAUGAGGAUGAUGAUAGUUUCAUCCGCCUGCAAGAGGUAAUAAACACGUGGCCCCCAGAGCACGAGCCAAUCCUGUACCGGAGAUUGGACCCUAAGGGAGAUAACAGGGAGACAUUUAAAUACAUAUUCAAAGUGGAACACAUGAGCAACCAUAUCCUGGACUGCCAUGUUGAUAAUGUGAAGAAAUACUUUCAAGAAAUUAUUCAAGUGGACAAUACGACCCAAUAUCAGAGUUUCAUUUUGACUGCCUUGGAUGCGUAUAUGGUGGAUCUGGCAGAGAUACCCGAGCUCGUUGCUAAUGUUUCCACUUUACACCUGACAAUAGAUGAUCCGGAUCGAUGGAACGACAUCAAAAUGGAUGGGCACUACAUGAGUUUAGAAACAGCUUUAACAGCGGAUGCUCUGAAUCACCUGGAGGCAUCCAUCCGGAAGAUGUCAGACACCGACAGAGACGAGUACCAAGGAGGUCCGAUGAAGAUAGAAGAUCCUCCUUCUCUAUGCUUCAUGUCCAGCAGUGAAGAAUACGAGAGAGAAGCGUGGCCUCCGGGGGAGAGACUUCGGAGAGCUAUGAUAGCUACACAAGCCUAUGGUUUCACUGGAGAAAUAGAGUUUGAUGAAGAAGGAAAGCGAAGGAACUUCAAGAUAUACUACUCCAAGUUAGACCAUGAUAGUAAAUUUCAAAAUGCUGGCUUCUGGAAUUCUACUACUGACAAAAUUACUGAGCUAAAUGUUGUAGCUGAUAGAUCUACAGCGCAGUUACCAGAUUCUGUUAUAAGAGUGGUGUCCCGAGUAGGAAGUCCAUACUUCAUGAUAAACGAAACCAAUAGUACGCAUGUCUACGGCUACGCUGUUGAUCUCAUAGAUGCAAUUUUUGCACACAUAAAUUCCAAUGAUAAAUUCAAUACUUAUAAAUAUGAAUUUUAUAGAGUUGAAGGAGAUUCGUAUGGGAACCCAGUGGAAGGCACUAAAAACAAAAAGUGGACUGGAAUGAUUGGCGAUUUAAUCGAACAUAAAGCGGAGUUGGGUGCAUGUGACUUGACAAUAACAGCAGAGCGCGCUCGAGCAGUAGAUUUCUCAGUUCCAUUCAUGUCACUCGGCAUCAGUAUGCUGUUCAAAGAACCUGACCCUGAACCUGCCAACAUAUUCUCUUUCAUACAGCCUCUCACUUUAGACGUCUGGCUUUACUUGGCAACCACUUAUAUCAUCGUCUCCUUUAUCUUGCUAAUUUGUGCCAGAAUGAGCCAAGACGACUGGGUUAACCCGCACCCCUGCAAUCAGAAUCCUGAUAGCUAUGAAAAUAUUUGGACCUUGUACAACUGUAUGUGGCUUACUAUGGGUUCCAUCAUGACCCAAGGGUGUGAUAUAUUGCCAAGAGCAGCAUCUUCAAGAUGGAUAACCGGAACUUGGUGGUUUUUCGUUCUCAUCUUCACUGCUUCCUACACGGCGAAUAUGUCCAUGUUCUUGAGUAACAACCGUCGAAGUAAUGAUAUUACCAACGUCAAAGACCUUUCCGAACAAAACAAGAUCUCAUACGGUGCCGGCGACAACACAUCCACCUAUAAGUUCUUCCAAUACUCCAAUGAUUCAGUUUACGCUAAAAUCUGGUCAGUCAUGAGCACAGCCAAACCAACAGUGUUUACCAAAAACAACGAUGAAGGGAAAGACAGAGUGUUGAGGAGUAAAGGGAAAUAUGUAUUCUUCAUGGAAUCAACCGCCAUUGAGUAUUAUACAAAAAGGAAUUGCGAGUUGAAGAUGGUCGGAUCUAAACUUGAUUCAAAGGAUUAUGGUAUUGCGAUGCCAAAGAGGUCGUAUCUAAAAAAUAAAGUUGAUGCAGCAAUCCUUCACUUGCAAGAGUUGGGUGAGAUGGAUAAUUUAAAAAAGAAAUGGUGGGAGGAUGAAAAUAUCAAAUGUGAUGACCCGUCGAAAACAGAAGAUGACAGUGGCUCAUUGCAGAUGAAGAACACGAGUGGAAUAUUCUUAGUGUUGGGAUUCGGAGGAUUCAUAGGACUGAUAGUAGCCAUCAUUGACUUCAUGCUACAUGCGAAUAAAAUCGCCGUCAAAGAAAAAAUAACCUUCGUCGAAGCGAUGUCCCACGAGUGGAAGGCGUCUCUAGACCCGCGGGUGCUGCACAAGGCGGCGGGGGCGCGCUCGGCGGCUCCCUCCACUCGCUCCAGCAGCCGCAGCCGCAGCCGCCCCGCGCGCGCCGUGUCCGUGCUGUCUAAUAUCAUCAACUUUGAUGACAUUUACUAGCUGUAGAUCUACUUAGAUGGAACCAAUAAACUUGUGGCAGCGCUGUACUGGGCUGCUGACUAACUAGAACGCUAUUUUUUGUUACAAAUUAUGCUAUUUUACUAGCUGUAGGUGCACAAAUCCAAGAUUCUAGGAUCAGGGCUCUACUAGAGUCUCUACCAUAUGGUCGUCUUCCUUAAUCGCCAUUUCUCGUUGCUAAACCACUUUCGUAUGAAAAGUUUUCGCGGUCAAUAUUCUUUGUAUAGAAAUUCACGUGCUAACGACUAAGGUCUAAUCCCCGAAGGAAUAGUCAGAGGUGACUCGCAAGCAACCCAUUCGCUUUUCACUGUACAUUUGUACUCAUGUGAUAGGUUGCGUGCCGUAUCGCUGUUUUUGAAUGAGUACAAUGCACUUAGGAUGCAAUCUAGAACCUGUAUGUGCAGGUUUCCUCAAAAUUACAUAAGUAGGUACCGUAGUAUAAAUAAAGCAAAUAUAAAUGUUUUAUGAAAAUGUAGAAGCUAUUAAAAACUCCUCUAAAGGUAUUUAAAAAGUUAAGCUAUAGUUAAGUUUGAGAUUAGUAGUAAAAUGUUAAUUAAAAUUCACAUAAAACCAAAGUAUAAAACGUAGCGUCAAAACUGUGGAGGGUGGGUAAAGGAUACGGCGAAAAGUUAUGAUAAAAUAUACCUAAUUUAUGUUUGGGCUAAUUUUAUGCACAUUUAAUGUUUGAGUUAGAUAUUGCUUAAAACGUUGAAUUCAAAUGAAAUCGCUUGUAAAUUUUAUUUAAUAACUUUAUUGUACCUACAUAGAUAAAUACAGUUUUACACAUCAAGUGUUUGAACAAUAAUUUAAAUAAAUGUAUUCCAGAUCA